GUGGAAGUGAUGUGUUGUGAUGAAACAUUCUACUGAAGAAGCUCCUUCUUCUGAAGAGUUCUGCUUUAGGAGUCAAAAGACAUCACGUCCAUCGAGAGAUUUAAAAGUAAAAGAAAGGAGACAAACAAAUUUAAACUUAUGAAAGAGCUAAUAUCAGACUGAGGACUUGGCUCCUCUUAAUAUCACAUACGUGAAGACUUGGGGUUUGACACUAAAUACUGGGAAACAGAAUGCCAGCCAAGACACCCAUGUACUUAAAGACUUCCACACCAAAGCGAGGCAAGAAAUUUAAAAUACGGGAUGUUCUAUCAGGUGACAUGAUCAGCCCACCCCUGGGUGAUGUGCGUCACAGUGCCCAUGUCGGUCCAGAAGGAGAGGGUGACAUGUUUGGCGAUGUGGGAUUCUUACAAGGCAAGCUUGACAUGCUUCCCACCCUCAAUCAAGCGCCCGGCUCUCAUUCCCACAGCAUGGACAGGAGUCUAGAUGAGAUCAUUGAUGUGAACAGCAAGAGCCACACUUACCAUUACAGUCAUAAUUCGCACCACAAUUCACUCCUCAAAAGCACCAUCUCCAUGCCAGUGUUUAUUGCUCCAGAGCAACCGCCUCCUAAACCACCUCGUCUGCAUUUAGAUGAGCACACAUCGCCUGUUGAUCUAAACCAGCAGCGGCUGAAUAAUCAUCAUAGUCCACAUCCACAGGUUCAAGAUCAACACAUUCAGCAACAGCGUUCAAUGUCUGUGUGCGAAGAAGGAGUCGGGCAUCACGUUGAUCCCUACCAUGAGCUUCUUCUCUCUGCCUCAGUCCCAGUUCUUCCACACCUGGUGCCUUCCACAUGCUCCUUGUCUGAAGCUUCCUCAGAUGAUUCCAUGUCAUACGGCUGUGGGCCACUGGACCCCAAACGAGGCUUGAGUCUGGACUCUGAUGCAGGGCUUAGUAAUGAGGACCUGCGGAGUGAACACUGCGAGUCUCCGGCUGUCUCACCUACCAUGUCACGCUCUGAGUCCCUCAUGGGUUUGGAUCUGGACCUGGGACCAUCCAUUUUGGAGGAUGUUCUUAGGAUCAUGGACCGCUAUAAGACUGUUGAAGAGAGACACGAGAUAUGAACGGACCAGGAGACGACCUCAGAUAGUAUAAUAUAGGUGUCAGAACACUCAAGGCAUCUUAUUAUGCCUGUUUCAGAGGACAAUGGGGAGCAUUGGGAAGUAAAGGCAAUAACUGGGUGUGCCAAUGAUAAUGCAGAUUAAUGGCACAUAUGUAACCGAACAUAACUAUCACAAAUUAUUAUUGUCUUUAAUUAUAAAACACAAUUGCUCAAGAAAUGACACAACUGUUACUGCAUAACAUAACAGUAUUAAUAUGUUUUGUUACUAUGCAUACUGACCAAACUGGAGAUGUUAAAUAUUCAAACACUAACCAUUUUUGUACAGUAUAUUUGCUCUCUGAUAUUUAUGAUGCAAUUUUAUGCAGGGAAAGUAAUUGAGAUUUUGGUUAAAUGGUUUCUAAAAGUGAAAUUUAGUGUCAAAGAUUCUGCUCAAAAGUUAAAAAGUAUAAACUAAAGUACAUUUAGGAGACUAUUACCAGGACAUGGUGCUGUUUUCAUCUAGAUUUACUUUCAUGCAUAAACAUACAGUAUUGUGCAGAUAUGUAAAAUAUGAUGCUGUCUGGCCUGUGACUUUCGAAAGGUAAUUCUUUACCUUUAAAAUCCUGCCUAUGAAUACAAAAGAAAUCUCUUUGUAAAGGUUUAUCUUUGUUGGAAUGUUAUAUUACAAUAUAUUUUAUUCUAUUGUAAUAUAUUAAAAACACAACCAUAUAAAAUAUUAUA